AUGUCAGCCGUCUACUGGCCCGGGGGCAUUCCCCGCGAGAUCAAACAUCAUUCUAAAGCAGAUCUAUCUCAAGACGAGCUCAGGGAAGAAGUUAAAGGCUGGCUACUCUUCGUUGAAGAAAGCUGGUCGUUCCAAGACCGCGCCUCUGGCAAUGAUCUUAACUACCCGCCUGAGGCGUUAGAACAUGUGUCCGAUACUCAGCAGCCUUGUGAAACGAGGCAUGUCAUUUCUAUUGCACCGGUUGAUGAGUCGCAUCCCGUGAACCGGGCGCGAUGGGUCAAACUCGCGAUUCUGUUUUAUCGUUACGAUAUUGAAUCGGGGCACUGUCUCCCUUUCGAUAACGUCCUCCCCACGGCGGCGGUCUUAAACCCAGAAACUACCAGUACCUACUCAGUUGAAGAUUUUCUUCCCUGGUAUUGCUUUGAGAAUGCCUACUCUCCAAGUAUCCUGAUGGAACGCACUGGAACGGUAAUCUAUCGUCCUCAUGAACGAUACUUUUUGAUAGUUGAUGAGGAAGGUUUAAAAACCGGUCGUUUCGCAGUCGUCGAUUUUAACAGUGAUGGGACCGUUAAGGACUCGGUUCCCCUGCGUCCUUUCAAUAUGUAUCAUUUCGCAAACGAUGUCUUUUUACAUGGGAGAGCAGGUGUGCAAGAGAUACGUGAGAGACCAGGUGGUCAUGGACAUCAGAACCAACCAAUGGAUAUGGAUCUACCUAUCGUGGAUAUUCUAGUAUCAGUGGCGGAACCGAACGGCCCACCCGCUCCGCAAACGAUAUCCUGCGACCGUGAACAGUUCACGAAAGAUAUUGAAUUCUAUGCGCCUGGAUACUUGGCACUUGAAGCAGCUGGUAAAGGCGGGGAGUAUGAUCUCAGUCGCCUGACUGAGCCCGACGAUAUCCCAUUCGAUAGGAAGCCGUCGUAUCAGAGAAUGAUGGCGGAUCUCAUGGCUGGCGGACGCCCCCUUUUUGAAGACAUCUUCGGUCUUGAACUCUCUAUUGGUUUCUAG